UCUAUUUACUAUACUAAAUAGAAAAUGAAUUAUCUUUCCAAGUUUAUUAAUAUGUAAUAUAACGAAUAAUUAAUACAUGUGUAACAAAACUAGUUCACCGCAACUCUAAGUGAACAGUAUCGGUAUCCAUUGUGAUUAUAUAAAUGAUAUAAUGUCCAGAAUAGUUUAUAAUAAUCAGUUAUGUUAUAUUAAAAAUGAAAUUGUACUGAUAUUGUUUGCUGUUUUUGUCUCCUAAACUACGCGUAUAUUAAGUUUUGAAUAAUAGAGUUAAUAAUGAAACAUCAAUGAGACAGACAAGUGCAUCUUAAUAAAUACUGCAACAAUUUCAGUUUAUUUGUAUUAUAGAAUAUAAUGGAAUAAAUUAUUAAUCGGUGAAAACGAAAAGGAUAAUAUUCAAUUACAAAAUGUUUUCAAAUCAUAUGGGAACUAUUGUACGACUUGCUGCUCAACAACAGCAGCAGCAGCAACAACAACGUGGUAUGGCAACCCUUAAAGCUAUCUCUAUAAGAUUGAAGUCUGUAAAAAAUAUUCAAAAAAUCACACAAUCAAUGAAAAUGGUGUCAGCUGCCAAAUAUAAUAAAGCAGAACGUGAUUUAAAACAAGCUCGUCCGCUUGGUGUUGGUACAAAAGAAUUUUAUGAACAAGCUGAAAUUCAAGCACCACCAGAAGAACCAAAAAAGCUUGUGGUAGCAGUGACAAGCGAUCGUGGGUUGUGUGGUGCUGUGCAUACAGGAGUUUCUCGUAAUAUUAGAGAUUCUCUCUUAGCAGAUGCUACUGAACGUGAAAAUACAAAAAUUGUAUGCAUUGGAGAAAAAUCAAGAGCAAUUUUAUCACGUUUAUUUGCCAACAAUAUACUUUUUGUUGCAUCUGAAGUUGGUCGUAAACCACCUACUUUUAAUGAUUCUGCCAAAGUUGCAAAUGAAAUUUUAAAUAGUGGAUAUACUUUUGGUUCUGGCCGAAUUGUAUACAAUCGAUUCAAAUCUGUAGUAUCAUAUUCUGUUGAUCAACUACCGCUGUUUGAUAAAAAUGCUGUAGCCAGUGCACCUAAACUAACUGUAUAUGAUUCUCUUGAUGAAAGUGUAGUCCAAAGCUAUUUAGAAUUCUCUUUAGCUUCUUUAUUGUUUUAUUCUAUGAAAGAAGGUGCCUGCAGUGAACAGUCUAGUCGUAUGACAGCCAUGGAUAAUGCUAGCAAGAAUGCAGGAGAAAUGAUAGAUAAAUUGACUCUAACAUUCAAUCGUACUCGACAAGCCGUAAUUACUAGGGAAUUGAUCGAAAUUAUUUCAGGUGCUGCUGCUUUGGACUAAAUGAUACAUAAAUACUAAAAAAUGAUUACACAAUAGUGUUGGAAAGUAGAUCAUAAGGAUAUUAUCGCGAAAUUCAGUAUGUACUCUGUGGUAAAAAAAGGAGGCAAGGCAUGAUCAGUUGCGAGCAACGAUCAAAUAUUUCAAAAUACAGCACUAUUUAUAAACUCAACCAGAAAAUAAACUGUUUAAAAUAUUACA